AUGAGUACCCUUGAGACCACGAGAGCUGAGCUUGGUCUGGUUGUUCUGUAUCUGAACAAAGCGGAGGCGAGAGACAAGAUUUGUCGAGCUAUUCAAUACGGUUCCAAGUUCUUGAGUGAUGGGCAACCUGGAACUGCUCAAAAUGUCGACAAGUCCACAAGCUUGGCAAGGAAAGUUUUCCGUCUCUUCAAGUUUGUGAAUGAUCUUCAUGGUCUCAUUAGCCCUGUUCCCAAAGGGACUCCACUCCCUCUUGUUCUGCUCGGAAAGUCCAAAAACGCGUUGCUGUCUACGUUCUUGUUCCUCGAUCAAAUUGUGUGGCUUGGGAGGACUGGUAUCUACAAGGACAAAGAACGCGCUGAGCUCCUUGGACGUAUAUCCCUCUUCUGUUGGAUGGGUUCUUCGGUCUGCACAUCCUUGGUGGAGAUUGGGGAGCUCGGUAGGCUCUCGGCAUCAAUUAAGAAGUUAGAAAAAGAGAUUGGGAACAAGGAUAAACACCACAACGAGCAAUACUGUGCGAAACUACAGAAAUCGAACGAGAGGUCAUUGGCUCUGAUCAAAGCAGGUAUGGAUGUGGUUGUUGCUUUCGGAUUGCUUCAACUGGCUCCAAAGAAAGUCACUCCCCGAGUCACAGGCGCUUUUGGAUUCGCCUCCUCUCUUAUCUCUUGUUAUCAGCUAUUGCCAUCGCAUCCUAAGUCCAAGACGGCCUGA